AUGGUUAAGCACAACAACCAGCUCCAGAAGAACCACUUCCGCAAGGACUGGCAGAGGCGGGUUAAGACCUGGUUCGACCAGCCCGGCAAGAAGAAGUCGCGCCGUGUUGCUCGUUCCAAGAAGGCUCUCGCCUCGGGCGCUGCUCCCCUCCAGCGUCUCCGCUCGGUUGUUCGUUGCCCCACCCAGCGCUACAACAUCCGCGUCCGUGAGGGCCGUGGAUUCACCAUCUCUGAGCUGAAGCUCGCUGGUAUCCCCAGGAAGCAGGCUAAGGGUCUCGGCAUCGUUGUCGACCACCGCCGCCGCUCCAAGUCCGAGGAGGGCCAGAAGGUCAACGUUGAGCGUCUCCAGGCCUACAAGGAGCGCCUCGUUGUCUUCCCCCGCGUUCACGGCAAGCCCAAGGCCGGUGACGCCCAGGGUGAGGACCUCACCGCUCACAUCACCCGUGAGCUCCCCGCCAUCGUCAACACCUACACCGCCGAGAAGCCCCGCGCCAUCACCGAGGAGGAGAAGAGCUUCGAGGCCUACACCACUCUCCGCAAGGCUCGCUCGGACGCCCGUUACGCUGGUAUCCGUGCCAAGCGUGCCGCCGACAAGAAGGCUGCCGCUGAGGAGGCUAAGAAGUAA